AUGUCAAGCGCAUGCAUCAUCUGCCACAAGCGAAAGCGCAAGCGGUUUACCAAUAGUCUUUCGCCGAGAGCGAGUGCGCCCGCCUCAGAUUCGGUCAGUCGUCGCAGCUCGCAAUUGCCCGCCGAACCUUCCAUCGAGGGUGUUGCACUGCCGUCGCGUCUGUCGCCGACCGACGCGUAUGGAGACGAGAUUGCGACUGAACCGCCUGUGCUUCCGGCCAGCAAUGGUGAGCCAUUCAUCAAGGAGGAAAGCUACCGCGGGCGGGGCGAGUACUUGGGCGGCAGUGUACCCUUCGACGAAAAUAUGGUGAAACCCGGACACGAGACGACGUACACCAGCCCCAAAGCAUCGGCCGCAGACCUACAGAUGUUGCGCGAGCAGGGUGCAUUCGAAUUGCCACCACUAUCAGUCCAGAGAGAGCUGAUGGAUAGUUUCAACAAGUAUUGCGCCCCGUGGACCCCGGUCGUGGAUCCCAGGUGGCUGGACGAAAGCGCUCCACCUUCGAUGCUGCUGUUACAGUCCAUUUUUCUGGCGGGAAGCCGAGUUUCUAAGGCGCAUUUGCACUACGGGUCAAGCGAAGUCUUCUAUCGGCGGGCAAAGCUUCUAUUUUUCUUUGGCGGUGGCAACAAUUCGCUGGUUUCGAUUGUAGCUGCCUGUCUUCUGCAUUGGUAUAACCCGGUAGGACCCGAAGAUGUCUCGACCGAUACAAGCGGGUUCUGGAUUCGAACUGCCGGCGCAAUGGCGUUCCAGAUUGGAUUGCAUAAGGAACCUCCUUCAACUGCUAAGGAUCGUGGGCUUCGCAGGCGGCUGUGGUGGUCCCUGGUGAUUCGUGAUAAUGUUAUUUCGGUCGGAGUUGGCCGGCCACGGACGAUCAAUCUCCGGGACAGUGAUGUUCUCCCCCCGUCGAUGAACGAUUUCCCCGUCAAAGAUUUCUCGGCCCAACUUUUCCUGGCAUAUUGCACAAUAUCCUGUCAUCUUGGAGACACCGUGGAGUGCUACUUGCGGAAAGAAAUAUCCAGGCAACGCCGAGUUGACCUCGAGAAUGCUGUAUAUAGAUGGGCAAAGCAAGUCAUUCCCAAGCUUCGCUCGUCGGCCACGCUACAAGAGGAUGCUGUUACGGCCCACCAUGAAGUCCAGCAGCUUUCGGUUAUGUACUUUGUAGUACUGACUAUUCUACAUCGUUCACCUACGCCAAACAGCGUACCUCCGGCUGCAUCAUUGGUGGCAUCGUCGUUCAUCGCGGGCAUCUAUGAAGAAUUUCUUCUGCGCAAUGAACUCCGUUACUUGGGGCCUGUCUUCGCGUUCUAUCCACUCUGUGCAGGGCUUUCACUACUUUCGUGCUGUCGAUAUACACAAUUGCAAAGUACCGCAGAGCAUGAGCUGACGGUUAUCAAGCUCUCCCUUCAGAAAUUGUCGGAAAGAUGGCUUUCGGCGGUGGGCCCGCUGCGAGCGUUGAAUAAAUUAACUGAAAAAGUCCGGGCACAAGGUCCCUUUGACGGUCCACCGCCCACGCUAGACCCUGACACCGCCUCAUUCUUCGAUGGGUUUGAUAUCAAGCUAUGCAAGCAGUGGCGCCUUAUCGGCCAAUCGUCCGAAACUGCCAGCACUAACCCUGCCGCUGCAGCGACUUGUUCACUGGCUGAAGUUCAAGAGUCUGACGGUGCGGUUCAGAGCUACACUCAGCCAGAAGAGGCGGUGGACAAUUUCGGGUUUCCGGCGCUGGAUACAAGUAUGGAAUCAUUCAGCAGUAGCUGGGAAGGAUCUGGCUUCGACUGGAAUGGCUCCUGGCUGCUUAAUAUAUAA